AUGGCUAUGCUGAUGACCGCUGCGGUGUCUAAUUUGGCAGCUUCUCUGACCCUGCGCCCGACGGAUGCCACGAGCUCAGUUGCUACUGAAAUAGAUGUGCCAAAAAGCACUCCAGUGAAGGCUCGAUCGGAGAGCUUGCCCCCCAAAGAUACGCCUCUGAAGACCGAAUCGACCUCGCCGCCAGCGUCCAUAUCGUCUUCACCAGCACAACCAUUGAUGCCUGCUCCAGGCACCUCCAUUGAAAGUGGGCCCCAGCCAUCCACACCUUCCUGUCUCGCGCAAGCGGCAGCGUAUUUUCCGCCUGCCCAAAAUCCAAACCGUCAGAGCUCCGUUUUCCAGGUUCCCUCUUCUAUACUCCAACUCCUCGCAGCCCUUCCUCAUCUGCAGUGUCUCUCAGGACUGUGCCCUCUGACGGUGCCGUCACAGACGCGAUUGGGGAAGAGUCUAACAAGGCCUGGAUUCCCUCAGCCGAGGUCGCGGAGGAGCUCGCUCGAGCUCCCUACAUUCGUCCUCGUUCCCUUCCUCAUCCGCUCGGAGCGAGAAUAUGACAAAAUUCCAAGCUCCAUUCCAUCCAUUCAUCCGUCGUCGACCAACCCAUCAUUGAUACUCAAGGACGAGUUUUCUGCCGGCACGAAUCUCAGUGCAACCGGAUUUGAAGUGGCUGUUUGGGGUCGUCAGACGUCUGGUCGCAGACAACUGCCGAGUAUAAAAAGGACCUUCUGGGAUCCUCUCACCACGUGGCGUGUUGACCUCCAGCGUUUGAAGCCUUUUGCCCCAGAUUCAACGACGGUAUAUCUGCUGCCUAACUCUCUAGUGUUUAGCCUGGGUGCUACCGGAAAACCGUACCUUGGGUCGUCAAUUGACAUCACUCCUGAAUGCUCGCCGUCUCUAGAACACCAGAAAGUUUCGGACAGUGGAAUUGAUGCUCUGGCAACGGUCAUUAAUCGCCGGGUGCAUCAUAGAUCUAGACACAGCGAUGCAGAACCGAAUGCGGGGGGUGUCAAGCAUGGGGAGAGGCUAAGGCGAAGCAUGACUCAUUGUCGCAAAUUACUGGUGGAUGUAGAAUUAAGAUCUUUGUGCAACGUGAUGGAUAUAGUGAAUUUUAUGUUUGUUGGGGAUAGCUCGAUCACCAAGGUAGUCAUUGAUUUGCCUGGGAGUGUCGGAAACCCGUUCAACCAUCCAGGGCCGCCGGACCUUCUUGCUGAACUGGAUUUCCUUGCAAGAGGUGCGCUUUUCAUCCCAGGAGGCAAUGCUUCAGGCCAGACGGGUAACUGUCGUGCGGUCGCUGGAGUCCCAGCUGACAUUGUUCCACCUUUCCAUGUCCUAAAAUGCCCAGAUGUAAACGAAGACACUAUGGCAAUUGCGUUAGGCUACGCCGCACAGGUGGCCGUGUUCCUUCUCAACAAAGACAUUGAAAAGGUAAGCUGGCAAGCUCAUGACAGAGCACAACUUGCAAGCCCUGGACAUGCGACACACGCUGCCAAAUCGCAAAAACCUUCUUUUGGCCCUCACCAUUACCACCAACGCUGGGGAAGGCAACUCCACUCUGCAGACAGCAAGGCAGCAAACGGGCCAUCCCGAAAUUUACGGUUGAUACAAACAACAGCUGGAAGCAUCGACGUCAGCAACCCUGCCCCUGCAUCAACAUCAUAUGGAGCUGAAUCCCCUACACCAAGACGGACAUUCUUUCCCCCGAUCACCCUCCCCGGAUUUUGGCAAACCCGCAAUGCGCAGCCAGUAUCGAUGUUUGUCAAGUCCACUCUACCUGCCAUGUCAGAAGACGUGGACAUACCUGCAGACGCAGGGAGCGACAGUGCCACAGUGCGCUCACUGCACCUCUCGAAAGUCCAAACGAGGAAUGGCGUUAAUCAUGGGCAGUCAUCUUCUGGUGAAUUGGAUCAUGUUGACAGACACCCACCAGAGCCUUCUGGAGUACAGUCAACGGACACAGGUCCGGAUGCCUCUGAAGGUGCGACUGUGGAAACUGAAGGGCUUCCUGAGUCGAUGCCUGCGCCUCCUGAUGGCUUGGCAGAUGUUGUGAUUGCAUCCGCUUCAACGCAUGAGCAAGAGUCGACAUUGGAGUCUCUGAAGGAGCAGAGCAGCAAUUGGCUCACAACUGGUCUGAGUGCCAGUGUCGGUGGCUUCGGGAAGCACCUUCGUUCGGGAGGUACCCGAGGGUUAUUUGGUGGCGGGUCACCUGCGAAAAGCAAUCGGAGAGGCCCUGGAAGACCACCGACCGUCCCCAAGUCCGGUCCCAACUCCAAUGGGCAUGGUAACAGCCAAGCCAAGGAGACUACUAUCCGGACAGACCUACCACUCAUGGACGCAAACUUACAGUCCAUCCCCACUUCACAAUGAUGUUGUUGAUAUCUUAAUACAUGCACUCUAAUCGAUCAGCCUGACAUAAUUUCAUGAUAAUCG